CUUCCCACAGAGUUCUCUCUCGGUCCUGUGGGAGCAUCAGUGUGGCGUGUAGGAAGUGCUCCAGGGGAUUCUAAGGGGAGGCCCGGGUUAAGGACGUGGCUCCUGGUCCAUUUGUGAGAGCUGAGGCCUGGCUUCAGUCCAAGCAGAGGCAACAAGUUCUGCUCUGCAUGAGCUUUAAAGGGGCAAGUCAGUGCAGCCCACACACCCCAUGUUAGCAGAAUUUGGGGGACUUUAUAUGAAGAAAGAAGAGUAGACAACAACGACAACAAAUUGAUAGAUUGGUCUCCACGGGGGAGCUGAUUGUCCUGAGUCUCUCCUGAGACAAAGAACAGGAGAAGUUGGCCUUUCCAGCUUUUCAAGGCCCUUCUGCCUGUGCGGGUGUUGGGAGCAGGCGAAGGAGCUGUGUUGGAGCCUCUGAAGGUGCAAUCUCAUGAUGCUGAGGUGAUUCCUCCACAGUCUUGAUGCGAAAACGACCCAGGGCAGCAGGAAGAAGAGGAGGAAAUGGCAGCUUCUCAGGUGAAUGUCCUGAUCCAGGCCCCCUUUGGAGUAAAGGAAGAAUCCCGGUGCUAGGUGUGAAUGAAUGAAGCGGAUGACACAGCAAUAUCUUCUCAUGACACCCAGGGUUUGUUCCCAAAGAAGCCUUGCAUAGGAGAUUCAUUUGUAAUGUGCUCAGAAAUUCUGGGAGCUCUCAGCUUGGAAAUUUGUACUUAAUGAAAGACUGGGAAAGUAAGGGGGGCUGUGAAGGGCCAAAAGGAUGUUGUUUUAGAUGUAACCAAAUCGGGACAAUUAUUCAUGAUGAAAACAUGAUUGCCAAAAGAAAUUGAGGAUAUGCAUCAACUUGGGAAAAAUUCCAUUUGAAGUGAAUAAGUUCUGCAGAAAAAUAUGGUUUUGUAAGCAAGAACCUAUAUGAUUUAAAAAACAAACAAACAUAUUCUCUGGUGUGAAAUUUUGAAAACAUGGAAAGUCAUCUAGUCUAUGCUACAAAUAAUCACUCAACCCAGUAUGAAUAUAGGUUUGAAUUCAACAGUCAGUCAUACAUGUCUGAGAGCCAGAGAUUUGAAAAUGAAGGAAGAAAAUCUCACUACGAUCAGUUUGAGAGAUCCUUUAGUGAAGGCUCAUUAUUUUCCCACCAAGAAACAUUUUCUCCCUAUUCCAAUAUCUGUAAUGUCAAUAAUAAUGAGACAGUCUUUAUCCAGCUGCCGUCAUUCAAUGGGUAUCAUAGUACAGAUAAUGCGGAACAGCCUUCCAUGUGUAAUCCCACGAGUGAGGCCUUAAGCGAGAGCUCCAGCUUCAAUAAUUACAACAGUAUUUAUGAUGGAGCCAGAAUCUACCCAUGCCUUGAACCUGGGAGUCACUUUGACCAAGACUCCGGUCUCAUGAAUCAUCAGAGAACUCUAUGUUCAGAGAACCAUAGUGAUGAAUGUAGAAAUGUCUUUUAUCAAAGCUCAAAUCUUAUUACAGAUGGGAAUAUACAUAUUGAAGAGAAUAAUUACAAAUUCAGUGAAUGUGGUCAAGUUUCUAACCAGUCAUCAGGACUUACUCAACAUCUGAGUAUUCAUGCUAAGGAGAAACAUUGCAAGUGGAAUAAAUGUGGGAAAGUCUUUCCUCAAUUAUCAAAUCUAAAUAGACACAGGAAAAUCCACACCGGAGGGAAACCUAACCAAUGUGCAGAAUGUGGCAAAACCUUCAGCAAGCCCUCAAGCCUUACUCAACAUCUCACUGUUCAUACUGCAGAGAAGACUUACAAAUGUCCAGAAUGUGGCAAAGCCUUUAAUCAGAGCUCAAACCUUAAUCGACAUAGGCGAAUCCAUACUAGGAAGAAACCGUAUAAAUGUCAGAAUUGUGGGAAAGCCUUUAACCGAAGUGCAAGACUUAAUCAACAUCAGCGAAUCCAUACUGGGGAGAAACCAUACAAGUGUAAAGAAUGUGGCAAAGCUUUUAUCAGUUGCUCAAAUCUUAAUCAGCAUCAGAGAAUUCAUACUGGGGAGAAGCCUCACACAUGCAGAGAAUGUGGGAAAGCCUUUAAUAGUGGCUCAUAUCUCACUGUGCAUCAGCGAAUUCAUACUGGGGAGAAGCCUUAUAAAUGUACAGAAUGUAACAAAGCUUUUAAUCACCAGUCAAACUUUACCCGUCAUCAGAGAAUUCAUGCUGGGAAGAAACUAUACAAAUGUACAGAAUGUGGCAAAGCCUUUAAUCAGAACUCAACACUCACUCAACAUCAGCGAAUUCAUACAGGAGAGAAGCCUUAUAAAUGUACAGAAUGUGGCAAAGCCUUUAAUCAGAGUUCAAACCUUAGUCGACAUAGACGAAUUCAUGCUGGGGAGAAACCAUACAAAUGUAAAGAAUGAGGCAAAGCUUUUAAUUGCCACUCAAAUCUUACUUGCCAUCAAAUAAUUCACACUGCCAAGUAGUCUUAAAUAUAAAUAAUGUGACAAAGACUGAAGUGAGCUCUCACCUCACUCAGCAUCAGAGAGCGUGUGCUGGAGAGAGACCCUACAAAUGUAGUAAGUGAUGAAAGAGGUUUGUCCUAAGCAUACACAUCAGAAAAUGCCAGAGAGUUCAUACUGGGAAGAACGCUUAAUGCUGUAAAAAAUGGUACAAAAUGAAUUUAAAAACUCAGGUCUAAAUAAAUAUCAGAGAAUUCAUCAAAGAUAGCAUUCAGUCAAUAACCCUUUUCUGGUAUUACUUUAAAUCAGGAUAUUAUAAAAAAUAAUCCAAAGUUAAAACUCUUAGAAAAAUUAUUUGUUACUUGGACCAUAGGAUCAAGGCGAGAGAUGUUGGACAACAUAAUUAUUAUCAUUGUAUCCUUAUUCAUAUUGACAGUAUGUGAAAAUGAAAUUUAAUAUAACUCAACUUUCAAAUGACUACAUGCUAUACCUUUGUUUCUGUGUGUAUGUGAACACAUAAUAUGCUUUUUUAAAACUAAUAUUCUUGAUCUCUGCUGCCUCAAAGUUAAACAAAACCCUUCUAUAAUAGGUGGAAAUAAUUUUUAUCUACUUUUUUAUGUACUAUUAAGGAUAUUGUAAUGUGAAAUGUACAGUGGAAGUCUAAAUGAAGGUGAUGAUUGUCAUUGUUUAAAACAUCCCUCUAUGUCACCAUUAGGUAAGUGUUCAGAGACUAAUUCUUUGCAUUAAAGUAAGACAGAGAGUCGAAAUUUUAAAUAGUUGUGCCAAUGGUUUUUAUGGAUAUAAAGAUGGCAGCUCACUGAAAUCCUGAUGUAUUUUUAUAACAGCGAUAACUACAAGUCAUGAAUUUUAGUUGACAUGGUAACAAUCAGGAAGUCUUCACAGAUACCCAAGAGAAAUACAUGUAACCUUUUCCUGAAAGGUCAUGUAAUUAAUGUACAUCCUUGUUUACUAAAUAAUUGCUCUCUCUGUUUUCUAAACCAUAAAUAUCACAUUUCUCUGACCACUGUAUCACAAGAACAAGAAUGUUUCCAAAUGCUUGUAAUCUGUAUUUUGAUCAAAGAUUUUAGAGUAAACUUUGGAAAGUUUUAUUUAGAUUAUGUGUGAACUUACUAUAUGUUAAUCAAUAAAAGUGAACGGCUUUUCAUAUAUUAAA